AUGGCUGACGCUAUAUCUGCCCAGGACAGCAUCUACAGCGCAGACCGACACUACUACAUGCAGCUUCUAGAGCGCCAGGUUACAGAGCUCCGAGCUUUCCCCGAUCUUCGCACUCACGUGCUGGAGGGGCUUAGAGAGCUUUCUCUGCUGACUCCUGGCUGUAUCGAGGCUGCACUUGUUACCGGCGACACCCUCUUCCAUCAGAUCUGCUCUGCUAUUCAGCCUUGCAUCAUUGCCGCGAUUGCCACUCUCUCUGAGGACAAUGCAGACCCCGUUAGUGGAUUGAUGGUUGCUGAGCAGCUUGAGCAGGCGGUUCCCUGGGAUAUUCGGGAUCCCCUUACCUUCGGUGGGCCACCUUCGUGGCGCUCGGAGAACAUUUUCCCUCCCUACGCCGUAAAAAGGUCAUGCAAUCCCAGAAGCGUCGUCUCUCCCCUUCGCAAUCAUCAACGUUUAGUUCGAGGUCUCGUUGGGCAGAAGGUUGCCCUUGAUGGCAAACAUCUUGCCCGUGCUGGACGAGACGAAGCUGUCGACCUGGCGCGCGUACUGGUCCACCUGGCGGGUGUUGAGCAUGCUCUCCAGACGGCUGGGCUCGGCGGGGAGCUUGAACAGACGCUGCCACUCGUCCUCGGGGAGGAGGGGCUGGUUGAGAGUGGCACGGCUGGCGUUCUCUUGUGCGCGCUUCUGCUUCCAGGCGUUGAUCUUCUGCUGCUCGCGGCCGAGAACACGCUGGUAGUAUUGGUAGUUGUUGACCUCGGUGUUGUGGGUCUCGAUGCUGUCCAGAAGGAGAUCGCAGUUCUUCUCCAGGAAGGGAUCGAUGCUGAGGGACAGGUUGUCGAGGUUGGGGGUGAGGGUGGAGGUUUUGGCGAAGGGGCUGGACUCGAGGGCAGCCAGGGAGGGGGGAGCUCAGUGGAGGCUGUGGAAGUCGGGCACUGCAGCUGGUGGAUGAAAGAGGUGAUCAGGUGGGAGUUGUGGAGCUUGACGGGCAGUUCCUCGAAGAUGUCGGGGUGGCGCAGGUUGGACUUUUGGAGGCUGCAAUUCUUAUCGUUGAACGUACUCCUCGGAAGUGAACUUGUUCUCCUUGAACGCAGCCAUGAACUUGGAGGACAGGCGGAAGGCCCGGAGGCUGAGGCUGCCCUGGGCACUGCGGCUGACAUCGUGAACGAGGGCGACUGUGCGCUCGUUCAACUGGCUCUGGUAGUAGAAUUGGUUCUCGAUCACGUUCAUGUUGACAAAGUUGCCCAUGUUGGCGCUGGUGUACCAUCCGACGCUGUUGGCAUCAGUGUUAACCUCGCGCAGCAUGCGGAUCAUCUCUGCGGAGUAGGCGGCGUUUGCCUUGGCACGAGGAGCGGCAGCGGCCGGGUUGGGAGCGGCGUUGUCAAAGUGCGACUCAGCGGGGACCUCGACGACGGGGAAUGGGAAAGUGUUGGUGAUCUCGAGGGUGCCAUCGACAUCCAUACCGACGAUGGCGCCGGUCGCAGUGGAGGGGAAGGUCUGCGAGCAGUGCUUGAUGAUUUUCAUCACCACCUGGAAGAUCCGACGUCAGUAUUUCUGGCUGGCGAGGACUAG